AUGAAUGAUAGUCCACACAAGAUUAUUCUAGAGUGUCUAGAAGAAGGUAAUGGGUUUCCUCAGGUCAGCUGCGACAACCACCACUGCAGCAGCAGCUGUAGCAGCUCUAUCUUUCACUUCUCUCUCUUCCCCAUCUUCUUCUUCCUCCUCCUCUUCUUUCUCACUCCCCCAAGCCCUAAAGUUUCAAUCUUUUUCAAUAAAUAAGCCAAUUGAUCAUCUGGGUCUCUCCAAGAAUCUCACCAAACCUCCCUCUGCUCUUCACAUGGAUGCUCCCUCGUCAGAUUACAAACCCUCUUCACCCCAGAAUGGGGCUGUGUUGCCGGAUCUUCUGACCGAGUUUAUGGUGGAUAUGAAGUGUGAUGGUUGUGUUAAUGCUGUCAAGAAUAAGUUGAAUACCCUUACGGGAGUGAAGAAUGUGGAAGUAGAUCUGAGCAAUCAAGUGGUUAGAGUCCUUGGGUCAUCUCCUGUGAAGAGUAUGAGUGAAGCUUUGGAGCAGACAGGUAGAAAAGCCCGACUGAUCGGGCAAGGGGUUCCAGAAGAUUUUUUAGUAUCUGCUGCUGUUUCUGAGUUCAAAGGACCUAAUAUAUUUGGUGUUGUUCGUCUGGCCCAAGUUAACAUGGAAUUGGCCAGGGUUGAAGCCAACUUCAGUGGAUUGCCAACAGGAAAACAUGGUUGGUCUAUAAAUGAAUAUGGUGAUUUGACAAAAGGAGUAGCGAGCACCGGAAAGGUGUUUAAUCCAACAACUGAAAAAAAGCCUCUUGGUGACCUGGGAACACUAGAAGCUGAUGAGGAUGGCAAGGCUUUCUUCUCGGGUACUAAAGAUAAGCUGCGAGUAUCAGAUCUCAUUGGUCGAUCCAUUGCAGUCUAUUCGACUGAAGAUAAAUCUGAUAAAGGUCUUACAGCUGCAGUGAUAGCUAGAAGUGCUGGUGUCGGCGAGAAUUACAAAAAACUGUGCACGUGUGAUGGCACCACUAUCUGGGAAGCAAGUGAUGCAGAUUUUGUUACCAGCAAAGUUUGAUGAUGACAAACAGGGCCCCUAGGUAUUAAGAUUGUUACGCACUCUGUACAUCCAAAAUAAUUGUGCAAGUUUUACAAUCUUGUAUCAAGAAAACUCUCAAGUAAAAACGUUAAACCAGAGCAAAAGUACAUCUCAAUACUCAUAAGUGCAUGCAAGCUGUGGUGCCUGUUCAUCUAAGCUUACAAGUAAAAGAAAGUACUCAAAGCAGUUUAUUCUGAUGCUUUUAGUGA